CGCAGAUGAAAAGAAUGUAGCAAAGAGCCCAAAAAAAUCUAAACGGAGGAAACGACCUCCAGCAAGAGACAAUGAUAUUGAAUCUUCUUCUCAGAAAGUUAUGAAGACAGAGACAAACCCUGACCAUAAACAAAUAGUUUGUGAUAAAAACGCUGAAAAAGAGAAACCAAAUCAGGACAUGGAGUGCCAAAAAACGUCUAGUUCUCCUGCAGAGCAGAUGGAACAAAACAAAAAAGGAGGUGAAGACCAGAAACGAACCAAAAGAAAGUCAACAGAUCAUCAUAGUGAAGGAGAAGUGGAUCAGAACAUGAAACAAAUGACUAAAAAGAAUCCAAACGCCGGUGGAGAGAACCUGCAGCCAAAAGAAACACAGGUAACCGAUGAAAACGAGGAGAAAGAAAAGAGGAGAGAAGAUGAUCACAAAGAAGGAAGUGAUGAAUCCACUAAUAAAGCCUGCACACAUACCCACAGCUGUGAGGUAAGAGCCAGUCAUGAGGAGGCCACACCUGAGGAGCAGUGCAGGGGAGACUCACAGGGAGUGGAUGAGAAGAGUGAGGAGGAACCGAGACCAGAGGAGACGACGACAGAAAGGAGCAAAGGAACGGAUGGAGGGAGUGAUGGAGACGUCAGAUCAGAUCAGAUCAGUACAAGAGAAGAUCCAGAUAAACUAAAUGAUGUUUGUUCAGACAGAGC